ACUCGGAUCGUCAACGUUCCAACGGUAAAGGAAUAUGGUCAACAAAGUAAACAACGCCAAACAAACAAAACAAACAAAUCAGCGGAAGUCUUUACAUACAACUCGAGAGCCCACCGGCCUCUAGACUAACUAAAAUUGUACGAGAUAAAAAGAAAACAUCAUAAACUUUGGUUACAUAAACUGAGUUAUUUAGACUCAUUACAAAGUAAGUCUAGACUUGAUAGUUACGGGUUCUAAGCUGAAUUCUCACUCCAGCCCCCCUCCUGCAGUUAACCUGCUGCACGUCGUAUGAUAACACGUAGCAGGAUCCAAAGAACAACCAAUACACGUCAGAGACUUCAUACAUAUACUAAACAGGUUGAAUACAAGCAUUGUGUUUACCCUAGCAUGCAAAGGCUCUAUUUUGUAAUCUUUAUUCAUUAUUUCCAACCUUGUAACGUUGCCCGUCCUGUUCGGGUCGUACAAGUCAUAUUCCAAAUUUGUUUUGGUGGAAUACACUUGGGAGAGCAAAUCCCAAGGCAACCACCUACCUAAGACGUUGCCCGUCCUGUUCGGGUCGCCAAAGGCUAAGUAUGCAUACCCCCAUGGUGACCAUAAAGAUCCCUGAAUGCCAUGGGAAAAAUAGUUGAUAGUUUUCCAAUUUAUUUGUUAACCCUUUUGGGUAACAUAUCCAUAAAUUCUCAAUUUCCACAUAAUUAUUUCAUAUUAUUUGAGGUGUCUAAUCCUUAUGUGAUUACGAUGCCUUGAUUAGGAAUAAAACAACAUUACUUGCACAACCAUAUAAACAGUAUGGUCUAAGCGUAUACCUUUGAACGUUGCAAACACACGUUGUUCAAGCACAAUUAAAAUUUCGCCCUCUUAUGAAACGAGGUCCUAAAUAACAUAAAACGAUCACGUAUUAGACCGCGUUUACACAUUAAAUCCACUCAAUACCAUUAAGAUAUCACUAAGACUUGAUAAUUUCAAAUGUUUUCAUCAAACUCCCAAUAGUUCCAAAUUUUACAUUCUGACCAGAAACUUUUAUGACCAUUUCGGACAGUUUAGAAAAUUCAAAUUAAAAAUCCGACUUCACCGCUGCGUCCGGAACGCAUCAAUUAUCUUGGGUACCAAAUUUCAUAAUUUCUAGCAUCCGAUUACUAUUUUUAAUUAUUUUAAGCGUUUUAACGAGUUUUAAAACGCAUCGGUUAAAUAAAACAACAACGAAACACACCCAAUACUCGGAUCGGGGCGCCACUACCGAGGCAGCAGUUGCUGUCCGAAAUUCCUUCUACUUAAAUUAUUUUUAUUUUAUAUUUUUUUUUCUAUUUAAAUUAUUUAAUCCUUUUUAAAUCUCCAUACCAAAAUACACCUAACCAAAAACCAAAUUACAUUUUACUAAAAUAAAACAAAUAAAACCAAAUCUCCUAUCACACAAUCCACUUGAUAUUUCCAGACAUGUAACAAUACAUAAAAUCCCCAUCAACAAUCUAAACCAUCAUCAAAAACAUUAAACUAGCAACUUAAGAUAUACUCAUCCACAAGAUCCUUCAAGAGCAAUUAAAGUUUCAUAACCCAUAAUAAUUAAAUUAAGUACUUGAUUCUCUUAUCAAAUUAAAAUUUUGUAGAAAAUCAUAUAUCAUCAUUUUUUUUUUGAAACAAAACAUAUAUAUAAGGACAAUCCUUUAAACAAAUCAAAUUUUGUUAAAGGAUUUAUAAACUCAUGGAUACUUACAUUACUUAAUUGAUACACUUAAAAUUUCUUUUAACAAACUAAAAUCUUGCUGGAGAAAUAUAAAUUGUAAAAUAAAUCCAUUUUAACCUUUGAAUAGACUUUAUUCUUAUAACAAAUUUAAGCUUUGUUAAAGAAUGCAAAACAAGGAAAAUUUUAUAUAAUAGAAAUAGGAUUUAAUCCUUUUAACGAACCAAUUUUAUCAAAUGAUUAUUAAAGAAAACUUAUAUAAAAUACUCAAUCCUCCUAAUAAGUCAUAGAAUAUCAUCAUAAAAAGAAAGAAGAUUAUGUAAUCCCAUACUAAAAUUUCUUAUAAAUAAAAAUAGUAAUUAACAACUUCACUUACCCUUUGAUUAGAAGAUUGGAUUGAGCAAAGAAAAUGUUUUUUUUUUUUUCUUGAGCCGAAACCAAGAACAACAACAAGGGGAAUAUUUUUUUUUUCUGAAUUUUUUCCUCACUAAGAAGAUUGAAAUGUGAUUAGGAAUGUGAGGAAUUUAAAUUGAAGCUUAAGGAUUAAUAGGCAAUUUAAUGGAUGGCUUUAAGUGUCAUAAUUCACACUUAUGAGAGGAGUUACAAAACUUCUCCCCUUACAGUUCACAACCGGCUGCCUCUUCCCCUUCCCCUAUUUAAUUUUUUUUAUUAAUUAAUUAAUUAAACAAUUAUUAUACUAUUGUUAAAACAGCAAGAAACGUCACGCGAUAACAUCGUACGCGAUAAAACUUGUUACCGUUAAAAUUAACCUACUUUAUUACUUAUAAUUACCUAUGUAAAAUAAUAUAAUUUAAUAUCACUUAUUUAUUUUAUUUUUGUUAUAUUUUAUUUUAUUAUAUUUUAUUUACUUUUAAACCCGAUAAAUUACGGGGUGUUACAAGGGUGAUCGAGCUUGAUUUGUGGCCGAGCAGGACGAACAAGCAUGAUAUUGAAGUCCGGCAUGGAGGGUUUGCUCUACUUGUACCUACACUUAUUUCUGCUGAUGAACAUUAUUAUUUGUGAAUAUGAUUGAAAUUUUAAGGACUUACAGGACAAUGACUUCUUCAGUAAAACAGAUCAAAUGUCUGGAAGCAAUAAAAGAUCAUGCUUUUGCUGCAUCAAAAUACUCUGUCAUCAUUACUUUUGAAGAUCACUUGAGUCCUCGACGUCAAAAGAUAGCAACCCAGAUGGUGAGCAACACAUUUAGAGAAAUGUUAUAUCCUGGAGUGGAUUUUCUUGAAUUUCCUUCACCAGAAGAAUUGAAGGAAAAGAUUUUGAUAUCAACUAAACCACCAAAAGAAUCUUCAGAAAGUUUCAAUGAUCAAGAAAAUUACGAUCACAAAACCAAGGAAAUCUCUGAUAGAUCACAGUCAAUACAGGAAAAUUACAGUGGAACAACUUACACAGAUCCUGAGUUUGACAUACCAAUUAAGUUUAGCCUACAGGAUGACGAGGAGGAAGAGGAAGAGGAAGAGGACGAGGACGAGGAAGGUAGUGUUCCUGAGUAUAGCCACUUGAUCGCGAUUCAUGCACUCAAGUGGCAGGAUGGAGGACUCAAACAUUUGUUAAAACAGAAUUCUAAUCGAGCUGCUCGACUCAGUAUGAGCGAACAAGAGCUUGAAGUUACCGUCAAAUCUCAUGCAACUGAUAUUGUCAAGUUUACACAGAAGAACCUACUCAGAGUAUAUCCGAAGGGUACACGUUUUUUGUCUUCGAAUUACAAUCCACUGAUUGGAUGGACACACGGAGCGCAAAUGGUAGCAUUCAACAUGCAGGUAAAGUUGUAUAUGGGGGAUGGAUGGCAUAUGCAAUUUCAUCGAACACAUUUCGACCGAUUUUCUCCACCAGAUUUCUUUGCCAAGGUCGAAAUAUGGGGAGUUCCGGCUGACAUAAAGAGAGAAACGACAGCAGUUAUUGAAAACCAGUGGGUGCCAAUGUGGAAUAAGGAGUUCAAGUUCCCCUUGACAGCUCCUGAACUCGCGCUCCUAAGAAUUGAAGUGCGCGAUGAGGAUGUAGACGGAAGGCAUGGCUUUGGAGGACAGACAUGCUUACCAAUCUCGGAGCUGAGAACUGGAAUACGAGCUGUUCCAUUGUACAGCCAAAAGGGAGAGAAAUAUGAACAUGUUAAACUUCUCAUCAAAUUUCAGAUUUCACUGCCAUGAGUAUAAUUAUGUGUAACCUCCUUUUCUUCAUUACUACAAUUUCUUACCAAUUACCAUGUAUGUUGGUGAAUCAUUGGUAAUAAAACCAGGACUAAAACUAAUAUUUUCCAAUGACUAAUAGUUUAAUACUUGUUCAUUAUGCUUUUACUUAUUUAUAACACUACCAUCUUACUAAGGUACUUGUAAUUAUUUGAGUACCGUGAUUCCGCUGCAAUUUUAUCAUUUGCGACUUUGAGUUCUAAUUUUAGGUUUUGAGUCUAUAAGAGAAAACAUGAAGAUUGAUAGCGUCUAGGUGUUCAAAGGAGCAAGGAAAGUUUAGUUUCUAAAACCUCAAAAAUCUCGCUUAAAAGGAAACCACUAACGACGUGUAAAAGGAAACCACUAACGACAUUAGGGUAACGAGAUGCCAAUGGCAUCUAGAACUCAGUGAAAGGAUUAGCAAAAGACUAACCUAGAAUAGAGAAGCAGAAAACACCCCUCCUUCUGAACAAUAGUCUUGAAUGAUUUUUAGAGGGGACUUGAAUUUCCUAAAUUACAAUUAGAUUAUUGUUUCAUUUGUAUUAAUACCUUGAAUUAGAUAUUAAUGGUGAUGAAGUAAAAACUAAAUUCAACUAGAGGAUUGGCAAAAUUUUCAUUAUAUUGUUCAAACUCCGCUAAUACUUGCUAGUUCAGUAGUAGACUAGGAAGGAAAAAGCAGAAACCAUAGAUUGAUAUGAGAACCUAGGAAUCGUCUGAUCAUUCGCAGAUGUAUUUCCGUCACUACCCCAACAGAUGACCAAGCUAUUACUCCUUAGCAGAGCAGAGUGCGAGUCAAAGAGAUUAAGGGCGAUCUCGGAAUUGUACAACGACUUUUCCAAAGGGAUAUUAAGUCUCUGCAACAGACAGAUUACCAACUCUUUUUCUAAGUCUCCCAUCCUACUUUAACACCAACACAAGACAUUCCUCAUCCUUCCGAAAUAGAAAAUUUUGAUCAACUCGAGAGUAUUUCCAUAUUGAAAAACUGAACGACAAAAAAUUAUAGCUAAAUUAACAUCAAUUUUUAUUACGCAACAAAACAGCAGAAGAAUGAAACUGUAUAAUAACUAAGUUCAUUUGCAAAUACACAGCCACCUUCAUUAUUUUGCACUUCAACUACACUAACAGAAGAUAAAAUAAGUCUUCUACAAAGAGAUCAUGAAUCAAACAUGCCAAAUCAAGCAUUUCAUUAUGAAGAAACAGUAAUGAUGUUGCUUUUAAACCAUUGUUUUGAAUUGCUGUGUUUUGUUGUUUUGGUUUGUUACUUCUCAUUUAGUUUAAUCUGAUUCUCUGU